UUCAGCGACUCCCCGGUGUGGGCUGCGCGGGGCCGCCGAGCUCUGCGCGGCUCCGGGGGCGCUGUGCGGGGCCGGCGCUCAGGGCCCGGCAUCGGCCUGGAGGAGCCGGGCGCGGCCCGCCCCUUCCGCCGCGCCGGGCUGCGCCGGGAGCCGGGAGCCGCCGCAGCGCUCCGCCAUGCCGAAACACGAGUUUUUUGUGGACAUGACCUGUGAAGGCUGCUCCAAUGCGGUCACCCGUGUCCUGCAGAAGCUGGGAGGUGUCCAGUUUGAUAUUGACCUGCCCAACAAGAAGGUGUGCAUCGACUCAGAGCACAACGUUGACACCCUACUGGAAACCUUAAAGAAGACUGGAAAGAACGCUUCCUACAUUGGGGAGAAGUCCGCACAGUAGCCUUGCCUGGUGUGAGGACGCUAGGAACUCAAACAUGACUUCAGCAAAAAGAUGGCUUAACUGUUUGCAUAUCUCCCAACUUGCUCUGGCAUUUGACCUUUACUGCCCUGCCAGAUGUUGGAAAGCAGAGGGCUGGCAGGAGAAGACAGCUGCAUCUUGGGCUUUAUAUCUGGAGAACUCCAGGGGAGGUUAUAUCCUGUUUCUAGUCCCACAGUAAAUCAAGGUGCUUCUUCUGUUUUUUCAGUGCA